AUGAGGGGAUAUGAUUACAAGGUGAAUGAAACUGUCAAUGUUGUCUCUGCGAAAACAACGGAGAUUGGACAGAAGACCUGGGGAAUCAUGAAGGGGGUCAUGGCAAUGGCUUCACAGAAAGUGGAGGAGUACACCAAAGAAGGUAACAGCUGGAACAAUGAUAGCUGGCAACAGAAUGAGAGGAAGAGUGAUGGUUUGUGCCAGGAGUUUGGACAGGAAGUCAAAGGAUGGAAUUCUACCAGAGGGCUGCCCGCAUCUGGUCAGCAUUUAAAUUCUGUCAGCUCAGGCUCGUGGGAUGAUUGGGAUAGUAAAGACAACUGGAAGGAACAAUCAACAAAAGAAAAAACAUCCCAUAAUGGGGACAGCUGGACAGGCUGGGAUGAUGCUAAAGAUGAUGGAUACGACAAUCUUUACCAGAGUGCAUAUGAUUGCAAGGCAGCGGGUCACAAUGGGAAAUUGGAUGCUAAGUGGACGGAGGGAGGCUUCCUGUGAGGUGAGGACAUUAUUCCCAACAUUUUUUCCAAAACUUUCCCUCCGAAAUUUGUUUUUUUUUUCUCUGUGUAAUUUAGUUUGUGUUUGAAAAUAGUUUAUAUAUAUCAUCAUUAACAUGGCGGGUAAAUUGCUCAACUAAAGAGGAGUGCUGUUUGUGUUCGUGAGAAUCAUUAUUUGUUGUUUAAAUUUUAGAUUUCCUUUGUAUUUGGAAUAAAUGUAGCAUUAUUGUUUUUGUUUAUAUUUUGAUGACAGUAC